AUGGUCGAAGAAGCGAAUGGAGGAGUUGUAGAGGACAGAGCCGGCGGAGGAGGUGGGGACAGGGAGGUCGCUGGUGAGGCCAACGACGCAGUUGCCGAUGUGGGAGUUGCACGAGGAAGGAGCAAAAUGUCUGCUCAUCCAGUUGAAGCUCAAACCCCAACUGUGACUCCAGAUGUUAACCGACGCUCGGCUAACUUUUCUCCCAGCAUUUGGGGCGACCAUUUUCUGUCAUAUUCUUCCCUGGAAAUGGACUCUAAACUUGAGCAACAGGUCCAGGAACUGAAAGAAGAAGUGAGGAGGACGCUAAUGGCUCCAGUGAAAAACCCCUCACAAAAAUUGGACUUCAUCGAUAACAUUCAGCGUCUAGGCGUGUCCUACCACUUUGAGGAUGAGAUUUAUAAAGUUUUGGAGCAAAUUCAUAGGUUUUAUUAUGAACGUGAUGAGCUACAAAAUGAUGACGACAAUCUUUACACUACUGCUCUCUGUUUUCGAUUGCUUCGACAGCAGGGUUAUAAUAUUUCAUGUGGUGUGUUCAACAAGUUUAAAAAUGGUGAUGGAAAAUUUAAGGAAGCACUUCUCAAUGAUGUACCUGGACUACUGAGCUUGUAUGAAGCAACACAUCUGAGAACUCAUGGAGAGGACAUUCUUGACGAGGCACUAACCUUCACCACCACUAAUCUUGAAUCUACAACACAUCGUGGUUUAAGCCCCUCACUUUCAAAACAAGUGACACAUGCUCUACAUCAGCCACUCUGGAAGGGCUUACCAAGGCUAGAAGCAAGGCAUUACAUGUCUAUAUAUCAGGAACGCGAUUCACAUGACGAAACUCUCCUAACCUUUGCAAAGUUGGACUUCAAUCUACUGCAACAAGUCCAUCAAAAAGAAUUAAGUGAAAUUACAAGGUGGUGGAAGGAGUUGGAUACUGCAAAUAAGCUAUCUUUUGCAAGAGAUAGAGUAGUGGAGUGCUACUUCUGGAUCCUGGGAGUCCACUUUGAGCCUCAAUAUUAUCCUUCAAGGAUGAUACUAAGCAAAGUUAUUGCCUUGACGUCCGUAAUUGAUGACAUUUACGAUGUCUACGGCACAUUUGAAGAACUGGUGCUCUUUACUGAAGCUAUUGAGAGGUGGGAUAUCUCUGCCAUAAAUCAACUGCCAGAGUAUAUGAAAGUUUGUUAUCAAGAACUGUUAGGAAUCUACAGUGAAAUUGAAGAAAGUCUUGCAAAUGAGGGAAAAUUAUAUCGCAUCCAUUAUGCGAGAGAAGCAUUCAAAGUUGUAGUUAGAGCUUACUUCCAAGAAGCCAAAUGGUUCCACCAGAAAUACACACCGACUCUGGAGGAGUACAAGUCUGUAGCACUUGUGACAACUUGCCAGACAAUGUUUGCAACCAUGUCCUUUAUAGCUAUGGGUGAUAUCGUUACAAAAGACACCUUCAAUUGGUUGUUUAGUGACCCUAAGAUUUUGAAAGGUUCCAAAGUAGUUUCCAGAUUCAUGGAUGACAUGGUCACCCACAAGUUUGAGCAAGAGAGGGGACAUGUUUCCUCAGCAGUGGAAUGCUACAUGAUAGAACAUGGUGCAUCAGAAGAAGAAGCAAUAACUGAACUAACUAAACAACUGGAUAGUGCAUGGAGUGACAUGAACGAAGGGUGGAUUGACCCUACUGCAAUCCCUCUGCCCCUCCUAGUGCGGAUUAUUAAUCUUGCUCGCGUGAUUGAAGUGAUAUACAAGUGUGAAGAUGGGUAUGCUAAUAGUGGAGGUGAGCUCAAGGGUUUUGUAGCUUCUCUAUUAGUUGAACAUGUGCCUGCAUGA